AGAAGGAGAAGGAGGAGGAAGAGGAGGAGAAGGAGGAGGAGGGUGAAUGAUCUGAGCUCUGAGCUGGAGGCUUGUUCAGCCAUGUUAGUUUUCUCUGCUGUUCACCACGAACGAUGAGAGAGAGGAGCCAUGGCCUUGUCACUGAGCGGAGACGAUGAGGAAUAUGAGUCAGAGUCAGAGCAGCAGCGGGCGGCCAACAGGCCGAAGCCCAAGGUGGGGACGUCGUCAGCCGUCAAGCUGCCGUCCAACCGCAGCUCGUCCGGAGCCAGGCGCAGGAGGACGCGAUGCCGAAAGUGCGAAGCGUGCCUCCGGACGGAGUGUGGAGAGUGUCACUUCUGCAAGGACAUGAAGAAGUUUGGGGGGCCGGGGCGCAUGAAGCAGUCUUGCAUCAUGAGACAGUGCAUUGCGCCGGUUCUUCCUCACACGGCGGUGUGCGUGGUGUGCAAAGAAGCGGGGAAAGAGGACACACUGGAGGAAGAGGAGGAAAAGUUCAACUUCAUGCUCAUGGAGUGCUCCAUCUGCAACGAGAUUGUGCAUCCCAACUGUCUCAAGGUGAGCGACGCCUCGGGAGUGGUGAACGAUGAACUCCCCAACUGCUGGGAAUGUCCUAAAUGCAACCACGCUGGGAAAAGUGGAAAAGCAUUGAAGCAAAAAAGGGGUCCAGGGUUCAAGUACGCCUCCAACCUCCCGGGCUCUCUGCUGAGGGAGCAGAAGUCUGUGAAGGAGGAGGGAGACGUUUCUGCUGCUGCAGCCAAGAGGAGACCGGACAGAGAGGAGACGCCGAGGUACAGACCCGAGGAGUCCCUCCACCGACAGCCGCCGCUGCUCUCCCCCAGCAACCUGCCCCCCCGGCCCAGGCCUGAGGACAAGCUGAGGAAGAAGAGGAAGCUGUUUGAUGAUGAUGAGGAAGAGGAUCUCGGUUUGAGGAAGAAGGAAAAGUCAGAUGAUCCUUAUUUUUCCAAACUUCUACAUCAAAUCAAGACAGAAGAGGAGGACGAAGACGCGUAUGACGAGGAGGAUGACGAAGGAAGGGAGCCUCUCUUCCGGGGCAGCGUAGAGAGGAAAGGGCGUUUCGGAGACGCAGAAGAAGAAGGGGAGGAAAAGGACUCUAAGAAUGCACAUUUGAAUCCCUGCAUCAAAACGCCCGUCGGCGACAGCGAUCAGUCUCACUGCAGCUCUCCGCAGGCCGGCCCCAGCAGCGAGGGCGGAAGCGAGACCCAGGAAAAGGGGCCGCGUCCGAAAGCUCGCCGCAAGCGCCGUUUACCUAACAGGGAGCUGAGCCGAGAGCUGAGCAAAGCGCUGAACCAGGAAAUCCAGAAGACUGAGGACUGCCUGGCCAACGAGAACCGCCAACCCCUCAAGGUGGAGCCGGAGACGGAAAACGAGGAACCCAAGAGGUUGUUCCGCAACGGCAACGAACUCGGGGACCAGAGGCCCCACCUCAAGACCAGAGAGAUGAACGGGACGCCCUGGGAGCUGCGCCACUUCUACCCGAGCCAGAUCACUCCGCUGGGCUUCAACAGGAGCACCCCGACCAACCGGCCGGUGCCCCCACACUCCCCGCCCAAGUGCGUCCAAAUGGAGCGGCACGUCAUCCGGCCCCCUCCGAUAAGCCCGCCCCCCGACAGACUGCCGCUAAAAGACGGCAAAACGCACGUCAUACAGCGCGAGGUGUGGAUGAAGAUCUUUGGCUAUCUCACACACCAGGAGCUGUGUGUCUGCAUGAGAGUCUGCAAGACGUGGAACAGAUGGUGUUGUGAUAAGAGACUUUGGACAAAGAUCGAUCUGAACCGCUGCACCUCCAUCACUCCACUCAUGCUAAGUGGGAUUAUCCGCCGGCAGCCACUUUCCCUGGACCUCAGUUGGACCAACAUUUCCAAGAAACAAUUAAGCUGGCUUAUUAAUAGAUUGCCAGGUCUGCGAGUGUUAAGGCUAUCGGGGUGUUCUUGGGCUGCCGUAUCGGCGCUCUGCACCUCCAGCUGCCCUCUGCUGCGCACCUUGGAUGUCCAGUGGGUGGAGGGACUCAAAGACGCACAGAUGAGGGACCUCCUCUCGCCCCCCACAGACAACAGACCAGGUCAGCUGGACAACCGCUGCAAGCUACGAAACGUGGAGGACCUGCGGCUGGCAGGGCUCGACAUCACCGACACGUCUUUGCGUCUCAUCAGUCGUCAGAUGCCCUCUCUGUCCACGCUGGACCUGAGCUACUGCAACCACAUCAACGACCAGUCGGUCAACCUGCUGACAGCAGCAGGGACCACGACCAGAGACUCCCUCACAGACAUCAACCUGUCAGUUUGUAACCGGGUCACGGACCAUUCCCUAAACUUUUUCAAGCGCUGCGGAAGCAUCUGUCAGAUCGACCUUCGCUUCUGCAAGCAGGUGACCAAAACGGCCUGCGAAAGGUUCAUCGCAGAGAUGUCUGUAAGCGUACCGUUCAGACUGAAAGAGGACAAACUGCUGCAGAAGACCAGCUAGCUCCUAAACGGGACAUAAAACGAUUGAAAGACUGUCUUUGCACUUAUUGGAACAAGUUUUUUUUUUCUUUUUGAAACUGGUCUCUGAAUCAAUGUCACAGUGAACGAACUGAAACGAGAGACGGAUUUCCUGGACUGAGGUGACAAACACUCACUGGACAGACAAAGAGAAAAACAGCAUGCAUGUAUUUGUGUUGCGAUUGUACUUUUAUAAAGACGUGCUUGUAUUUGACUGUUGGGUUGUUUAUUUUUAUUCUUUAAAUAUUUGAAAACACAGUAUUUUUAUACAAGCAUAACUUCAUGUGUUUACAGUGUCUCAGGAGCUAAAUAUCACAGAGAGACUGCAUGGCAUGUGAACCGUCCCCUUCCUCCGUUUGCCUUCAUACAACAAUGUCGUCUAUGUGCCAACAUCUGUAUUUGACAUUAAUGUAACUUCAGUAUCAGAUAAAAAAAAAAUAACCUGUACAGAAAGACUAAAUUAUCAUAACUACUUCCCAAAUAUUUAGAAUGUAUUUCAAGAAUGAUAAAAACAGAUUUCAUAUUCCUGUUACACCCUCAUGUCUUCACUUUCCUUAAUACUUUUAUAAAUUGUUGAGUGUUGUGUUUGACGGGCUUUUCUCCAACAUUUCAACAUUAAUUUAUUGAUUUUUUUUUUUAUUACAGUUUUUGUAUUUAUUCAUUUAUUCAGUAACUUGACAUGGAUGUCUCAGAGCUGGGUCAAAUAAUGCUUUCAAAUAAUUUAUCGGGGUGGUUUUGAGCCUGUUGCAGCGUCCAGUCGGUGGAGUUUAACCCCCUAACAGUCAGUUACCUGACACUGGCUUUCUAUGAUGCAGUCAACCCCACACAUCUGGUUCUCCAUACAGGUUUAAGAAAGACUUUUGCAAAUACUGUAACUCAUUUGCAUUACGUUUGAAUAAUAACUCCAUACAGUAGGUGUUGUGUGUAUUUCAGGGUGUGUUGUGCUGGUCAGGUGAAUGUGAUAAUGUUUAUAUUUGUAAAUCCAAAAAUUAAGUGCUAAUAUGCAUUAAAAGAAUUUCAUUUGUACCAUCA